AUGGUCGAAUCAGCAGCAUCUAACCAGGAUAAGAUCCUCCACACGCCGUGGGGAAUCACUGUCGCCCGCGUUUUUCAAGUGAUAUUUGCUCUGCUUGUAUUUGGUAUUGCUGCUGUGAUUAUUCAUGGCGUUUACAUUGAGGAAUUGGGUCUUUGCAUCGCCGAAGCCCUCUUCACAUUCAUCAUCACCGCAUACCUCAUCAUUACCGAAAAGGUUAACAAAUGCCGACCGUACUAUCACAUCAUCGCCGUCGUUUCGUUAGAAUGCUUCCAGUGGAUUAUGUGGAUUGCCACCUUUGCAGCGACGGCUGCUCGCCGUGCUGGGUUUGUCAUUCCCGUCAAUCCAACCAACUGCCAAAACGAUGGAAGUCUCAUCAACAGCUCAUGGUGCAAUAUUAAACGACAACUGGAAACAAGGACGGCGAUCUUGUUUAAGAAUGGUCAGAUCUUGAUGUCUGCUGCGGCAGGUAUCGGUGCCAUCAUCUGGCUUUUGUAUACAGGCACUUUCAUCUGGACGUGCAAGAGAUUGGCCGAAGAGAGAAAGAAAGGCCGAUUCCGAAGUAGCCCCAAGGAAAACACUGAUGAGCCCCAUCAGUUGGAGGGCAAGGAGAUCGCAACGCAACAGGCUGCCCAGGGAGCCCCUCUGCUUCCUCCUCAGCCUAGCACAGAUCAUCAGGUGCAUCACGAACAGUAUGCUGGUCCGCAGUAUCAGCAGUAUCCUCCGCAGCAAUACGCCACUCCAGACCAUUCAUCAUACAACCAGGCAUAUUCGCCACAGCAACAACAGCCACAGCAUACGGCUUACACACCCUCGCCAGUCAACCCGCAGACUUCGCCGUCGCCCCCUUCGGAGUUGACCUCCCAUGAAGCCCCUCUCGGAUACUACACUGCCCAGUUGCCGAUAUAUGAUGAUCACUACUAUCAGACGGAAUACAUCCAGCAUCACAGUGCUGAGCUUCCGAGCCCCGGUGACCAGGCACCACCCGUUCAGCACGCGUCGCAGCCGCAACCAGCUCAUUCGGAAAAGCAAACCGCACCGUAA